AUGCCGGACAGCAGAGAGGGCCCCCUGUGCCCCAGUGUGGGGACCACUGGGGACAAUCUGGGGUGCAGCUCUCAGACGGAGAGGCAGACGAUCUCCAAGGAACUCCUCAACCAUGGCCCCCAACUCUCAGCCUCAGAGAAAGCUAAGGAUGGCCAGUUGGAUUAUUCCGGCUGGUUGAGAGAAGGGGACAGGAGAAUCUGGGAAAAGGGGGAGCAUCCAGGGACCCCAGACACUCCGCGGGCCAGGACCCACAGCGCCAGAGGCGGCAGUCGGGGUGGAGUUGCUGCGCAGCAGGCCUGGCUCCUCUGUGGACGGGCCUGGCGGCGUGAGCAAGCUGCUGUCUCCCCUACAGAAGAGGCGCUGUGGACCACGCGGGCGGACGGGCGGGUUCGCCUACGCAUGGACCCCAUCUGCCCCCAGCCCCCCUACACCGUGCACAGAAUGUUCCACGAGGCUCUGGAGAAAUACGGGGACAUCACCGCACUGGGCUUCAAGCGCCACGACAAGUGGGAACAUGUCUCCUACUCCCAGUACUACCUGCUCGCCCGCAAAACUGCCAAGGGCUUCCUAAAGCUCGGCCUGGAGAGGGCUCACAGCGUGGCCAUCCUGGGCUUCAACUCCCCGGAGUGGUUCUUCUCGGCCGUGGGCACUGUGUUCGCAGGCGGCAUCGUCACCGGCAUCUACACCACCAGCUCCCCUGAGGCAUGCCGGUACAUCGCCCACGACUGCCGCGCCAACAUCAUCGUGGUCGACACGCAGAGGCAGCUGGAAAAGAUCCUGAAGAUCUGGAGGGACUUGCCCCACCUGAAGGCAGUGGUCAUCUACCAGGAGCGCCCGCCGGAGCACGCGGCCAAUGUGUACACGAUGGAGGAGGUGAGGGAGCUGGGGCAGGAGGUGAUGGAGGAGACGCUCGAUGCCAUCAUUGCGGCCCAGCAGCCCAACCAGUGCUGCUCGCUGGUCUACACGUCAGGCACCACCGGGAACCCGAAGGGCGUCAUGCUCAGUCAGGACAGCAUCACGUGGACAGCGCGGUAUGGCAGCCAGGCCGGCGACAUUCAGCCCGCCGAGGUCCAGCAGGAGGUGGUGGUCAGCUACCUGCCCCUCAGCCACAUCGCCGCCCAGAUGUACGACCUGUGGACGGGCAUCCAGUGGGGGGCCCAGGUGUGCUUUGCGGAGCCCGAUGCCCUGAAGGGGAGCCUGGUGACCACACUGCGGGAGGUGGAGCCCACAUCACACAUGGGGGUGCCCCGCGUGUGGGAGAAGAUCAUGGAGCGCAUCCAGGAAGUGGCAGCCCAGUCCGGCUUCAUCCGGCGCAAGAUGCUUCUGUGGGCCAUGUCGGUGGCCCUGGAACAGAACCUCGCCUGCCCCCAUAGUGACCUGAAACCCUUCACAACCAGACUGGCAGAUUAUCUGGUAUUAGCCAAGGUCCGCCAGGCCCUGGGCUUUGCCAAAUGUCAGAAGAACUUCUACGGGGCAGCCCCCAUGACCACAGAGACCCUGCACUUCUUCCUGGGCCUCAACAUCCCCUUAUACGCCGGCUAUGGCCUCACCGAGUCUGCCGGCCCCCACUUCAUGUCCAGUCCCUACAACUACCGCCUGUACAGCUCUGGCAAGCUGGUGCCGGGCUGCCGGGUGAAGCUGGUGAAUCAGGAUGCAGAGGGCGUGGGUGAGAUCUGCCUGUGGGGCCGCACCAUCUUUAUGGGGUACCUGAACAUGGAGGACAAGACGCGGGAGGCCAUCGAUGCCGAGGGCUGGCUGCACACCGGCGAUGCCGGCCGCUUGGAUGAUGAUGGCUUCCUCUACAUCACCGGGCGCCUCAAAGAGUUAAUCAUAACUGCGGGCGGGGAGAAUGUGGCCCCGGUGCCCAUCGAGGAGGCGGUGAAGACUGAGCUGCCCAUCAUCAGCAACGCCAUGCUCAUAGGGGACCAGAGGAAGUUCCUGUCCAUGCUGCUGACCUUGAAGUGCACAAUGGACCCAGACACCCUGGAGCCCACGGACCACCUGACAGAGAAAGCUGUGGAAUUCUGCCAGCGUGUGGGUAGCAAAGCCAGCACGGUGUCGGAGAUCGUGGGGCAGCGGGACGCAGCUGUGUACCAGGCCAUCGAAGAGGGGAUCCGGAGGGUGAAUGCCAACGCGGCCGCCCGGCCCUACCAUGUGCAGAAGUGGGCCAUUCUCGAGCGGGACUUCUCCAUUUCCGGUGGAGAGUUAGGUCCCACCAUGAAACUGAAACGGCUCAUAGUUCUGGAGAAAUACAAAGAUAUCAUUGAUUCCUUUUACCAAGAGCAGAAAAAGUAGAGAGGAAGGGCCACCCUAUGGUUGCUGCUAAAUAGGUAGUUGGCAGACUUUCAAGCGUUUUCCAGCCUGAGCAUGGAAACCUCUGA